AUGUUGGAAUACAAGAUCGUCGUGCUCGGAAGCGGUGGUGUGGGUAAGUCGGCCCUCACAGUCCAGUUCGUCCAGGGUAUCUUCGUCGAAAAGUACGAUCCCACAAUCGAAGACUCGUACCGUAAGCAGGUCGAGGUCGAUGGCCAGCAGUGCAUGCUUGAGAUCCUCGACACGGCCGGAACUGAGCAGUUCACUGCCAUGAGGGACUUGUACAUGAAGAACGGACAGGGCUUCAUUCUUGUAUAUAGCAUCAUCGCCCAGUCCACAUUCAACGACCUCGAGGACCUGCGGGACCAGAUCCUGAGGGUGAAGGACACCGAGGAUGUGCCGAUGGUGCUGGUGGGUAACAAGUGCGAUCUCCAGGACCAGAGGGCGAUCUCGAGGGACCAGGGCGAGGGCCUCUCCAAGAAGUUCAACUGCGCCUUCAUCGAGGCGUCGGCCAAGUUGAAGAUCAACGUCGAGAACGUCUUUUUUGACCUCGUCAGGCAGAUCAACAAGAAGAACACCGGCAACAAGACAGGCGACAAGAAGAAGAAAGGCUGCGCUCUCAUCUAG